AUGCCUCCUUGUUUCGAUAAUGCAGAUUCAGUUACAUUUCGUAAACGAGAAAAACUUGUUGCACUAUUAGGUCGAACUGAUACCGGAAAAACAAGUGCAUUUAAUAUAAUGACCGGCCUUUCUCAACGAAUCGGCAAUCGAAUAUCAAGUACUACUCAACAAUGUUUUUCGCAUUCAAAUUUUAUUGAUACGCCUGGUUUCGGUGAUACUCGUGGUGGUGAAUCAUCUCAUCUUUCUUUAGUUGAUUUUUUUAUUUCACUUUCAUCUGGUAUUGAUGUUCUUCUUUAUUUUGUUCGAUUUGGAGCAAUGAAUUCAACUGAUCUCGAUCUAUUUGUGGAUAUAUACAAACGAAUAUUAUCAAUAGAGGCAUACUCUAAUUCUUGUCUUGUUGUAACUGAUUAUUCAUUACCGAAUCUUGAACAAAUAAAUCUUAAUGACAAUGAAGAAAGAAAACAUCUUCUUAAACAACUACAUGAAAAUGAUAAAUAUUCAUAUGUACUGAAUAAAUUUGAUAAUCGAGUUAUAUUUAUUGAUAUAUCGCCAUUCGAUUAUAGAAGACGAGAAAUAUCGAAAGAAGUCAUAGAAAAAUUUCUCGCUUCAUUUCAACCAACAAAACGUUUUAAUUGUCAAAAUCUUCAAGAUGCAUAUCGGCUUCUACGACGUACACAAGAAAUGGAAACACGUUGUUUAGAUUUUAAAACUGAAAUCGAUCAAUUGAAAACACAAAAUCAACAUUUAACACAUUUAUAUGAACAACAAAUACGACAUUGUAGAGAUUUAGAAGAAUCAUAUCAACGUUCAACAAAACAAUUAGAACAAGUACAUGAACAAACGUUAUUAACUAUUGAAAAUAAUCAUAUGAUAACAAUUGAAGAAAUGAAACGACAAGAAUAUCGAAUACGUAAUGAAGUUAAACAAGUACGAAAUCAAUUAGAAGAAAUAGAACGUGAUAUGGAACGAAGUUUAACAUUUAGUGUUGCUUCUUAUAUUCCAUUUAUUAAUAUCAUAACAAAUAUUAUUGAACUGAAUACAAAACGACGUAUCACACACCGUAUUCGAAAAACAUUGCAUACAAAAAAGAAAGGAUCGUGA